AUGCCUUAUCUGCAAGUCAUCAAAAUACAAAUGGCUCACCAAAGCUCUAAGCGGCUGGGUGUGGCCCCGCCCCCUGGGAGCCCUGAAAAGCCCGGGCAGGGGGCGCCCAGGGAAGGGCUCCAACCCCGCCCAACCCCGGGCCAACGCUUCCCGAAAAACUCGGGGUCCCCCUCCCCCACGCAUGCACCCCGUGAUCGCGCCGCGGCCAGCACUUCCGCACGGCGGGCCCUGCGGCCCGGGCCGGACGCGCGCUCGGCGCCCUGCGGCCCGCGCUCCUGCCACCCCGGAGGCGCUCGCGCCCGGGGAGGGCUGGGGGUUCCCGAGGCGCCCGCGGGCGGAGGGUGGGGGGGAAGGAAGGAGGAUUUGCAGCAAUACCUCGGGGAGGAGGAGACCGGGGCAGCGGCGGCGGCAGCGGCGGCUGGAGGCGGAGGCAGCGGCGAAGGAGGAGGUGCCCGGGCACUCCCCCUCCUAUUGUCCCCAGCCCCGGCCAGGCCCGGCCCCGAGCCCCGCACCGCGCCCCGCGCCGCGCCGCCAGCCCUUACCUUACAGCGCCCGGCUCUCCCCCGCUUCCUAAAGCUACUUAUCCCGGGAAAGCUCGCGCGGGGCCCGGGAGCGAACCCACAGACAAAAAGUGAAACUUCGGCAGGGCUGGAGCGGCUGCUGGCUCAAAAGUACUGGAUGUCAGAGCACCAACAUCAACUUCCAACCCGUCCACUACACACAUGGGGAAACCGAAGCCCUCAGAAGAGAAGUGACUUGUGCAAGGUCAUGUACUCCACAGAUCCAGGCAUGAGACCCGGAUGCUCAUCUUUCCAGCCCUGUUCCCGUCACCCUGGCUCCCUGCUUCCUGCAGAGCAGUGAACCAAAUGUCUUCGGGCUACAAGGACCACCCUAGACAGAGAUUCCGAACUUGCCUGGGCCGCGAUGAAGUCAGUUCCUAGAAGGCUCUGACUGCCAGUGAGCGUUGAAUAGCCAUACCAAUUAGUUGCUUCAAGGCAACUUCCUCUGUCUCUUGCUUAAAUAAAUGAACCCCAGGAGUUUAACAUUUACUUCACAGCCCUGACUGGAAACCCAGAAAGCUUACUGGGUGCUUCCAGCUUCAAAAAAGUUUGCAAACUGGGUGAACUGGUUUGAAUAAAGGCAGACCUGAUACUGGAAGUUUGGGGUUGGAUAUUUUUCCUCAGACAUUUAAAUGUGAGCAACCAGGAGAGCCACCAUUUAUUAUGUUAAAAGGUUAGGAAAGGGGCAGCAGCCAUUGCCUGGAAGGCACUCUAAGGCUGGGGACUUUGUUUCCUUGUAUUUCUAUCCUACUGAUGUCUAAUCAUUCCUCACCUCAGCACGUGAUAAAGCACUUUUUUCUCACUGGCAUAUUAUGUUUUUUUGUUAGGACAAAUUGUAGUCCCUUGUUUCCAUUUAAGGAAAAAAUCGGGUAAAGAGGCUUGCCCAACACAAAAUAAGCAACAGAACGAAACACCUGAACCCACCUUCCCCCAUCCAGGUCCCCUGACUAAUCCCAUGAUUUUUCCACUCAACAAGGAGGCCCUGAUCUUCUAAUUCCUAUUAAUAAAUAGUGAGAGUACCCAGUGAGUUACUAAUUCAUGAAACCUAGAAAACUUGCUUUUGGGGGUAUUUGGUGGGAUUUUUUUUUUUUUUAACCAAGAAUUAAAAAAUGCAGAAACAUUUUUGCUCCUGCCUUUUAUCAAGCAUCUUUUUUGUGCAAAGUUUUUGAAUUCACACAUUCCUGGGUAUGAUAGGGAUGGAAUAGGAUAAUGGCACGUGUGGUUGUGGGGGUCCCAGUGGGGGACCAUGGAUGGAGGGGGGUGCCUGGGGAGAUUUGGGAAAUUACUGUGGGUUGGCGAUUGAUCAAUGGGGAGGGCCAUCAGAAUGACUAGUGGAGGCAGGAGAUAAGCCUCAGGUCUUUGAGUGUGGGAUGGGGCGAGGCCUGCAUUCAGGUUCAGACCUAGGGCAGGAGUUUAAGGACCACCCUUCUGAUUUGAAUAAGCUCCGGGACAGUCCUAGUUUGACCUUACAGAGUCAAUACUCUCUUACCAGCUACUGAGGAGGAGCUACUACUCUAGAAAGAGGAAGAGGCAGUCUUUUCCCACCCCCAUUUCCCUUGGAUUAUUAAAAUGUAGCCCACCUAAUCUUCAGGGCAGAGCCUCCUUCCCUGCCUGCUAGCAUCUCUCACAAGCACUUUUUCUUAAUGAAUCUAAGUCUUUCCUAUCAGUUUGUCUCUCAUUGAAUUCCUUCUACGCUGAGGCACAAAGAACUUGAACCACAGUAAGUCACCAGGUGAGUGAUUCUAACUUAAAAACCAUGAAUUUGAUAGGGAUAGAGUAGACACAGGUAGUUGUAGAAGUCCCAACAAAGGACCACAUUUAUAGAGAGAAACUUAGGGGACGUUGGGAGAUCACUGUGAGUUAAUAAAUUGCUCAAGAAAACCAUCAGCACAAGGCAGGCUUGCUUCAUUAGUGGAGCCUUGAGAAUUGCCUCAUGUUGUUGGGUGGGGGAUGGGAUGAGGCCUGCAUUCAUAGACCAAGGGCUAGAGUUUGAGGACCACCCUUCCAUGGAUUUUACACACUUUAGGGAUACUAAGGAGGAGCCAGUAUUCCCAGAAAGGAAGAGGCGGGCUUUUCCAAUCCCCACUCCCCUUGGAUAAUAAAACUGUGGCCCAGUGGAUCCUGGGGGCAGAGCCUCCUUGCCUGCCCUCCUGCAUCUCUCACAAGUGUCCUAUCUUAAUAAAUCUAUUUCUUGCCUAUCACUUUGUCUCUUGCUGAAUUCCUUCUGCAUGGAGACAUGAAGAACCUGUAUCUCAGUGAGUCCAGACGCAGGGUAGUGAUUCUAAUUUCAAACCUUGGGUUUAAGUCCCAAUCUGGGUUUAGGCUGGGUUCGAGUCCUGACACAUGGGUUCAAGCCCCAAACUAUAUUCUGGCUAGGUUCAGCCCAUUACUGCUGUCAGGUUCAGGUUCAGGAACGUGGGUUCAGUUCCCAGUCUGGGUUUUGGCUGGGUUCAAAUCCCAUUCUAGGUUCUUGGCUAAGUUCAGGUCAUAAGUGUUGUCAGUUUCAGGUCCAAAUUAUUUUCUUGUUCUCAAAUUUUCAUUUACUCAUAAAAAAAUAGGAAAAUAGUAGCAGAGAUAUAAGAUUAAGGUACCUAUUCCAGGCAAUAAUGAAAUAUUUUUUCUCUUUGCAAACUAAUACAAUUUGAAAUAGAAAGUAUUAGCUCUUAAAGAGAUUUUGUUCUGGGGCUUUAAAAAGAUCAGAUUCUAUUACAACACUGUCCACUUACAAUAUCCUCAGUGUUUCAGCAAACCCAUGUUCUGAGUGCUAUUUUUUAACAUGAAAAAAUCCUAAUAUCACACAAACUAAGAAUGAAUUCACCCAUUCCCCAUCGACUAUAACAAGCCUUGACCAGAAUCUUUUUUUUCUUCCCCAGUAACCCACUUACCAAGAAUAAUAGGGUUCUAAUGAGGAUUAAUAAGAUUUAAUAAGGUAUAAUUAGAGUCAUUCAUUUCCUUCAUCAUACACAUUGUAAGAGUGCUCUGUUAGAUCCAGAAAUGCUCCUAAUUAUGUUGAAACUGUUGUAUGAGUGUGUUGGGUAAGAUCACUGUGUCUCUCUUCCUGAAAUAUUUAUGAAUUGCUCAGGUGGGCAUGGUGUUAGCACAAGCAUUAUAUAAAGUUAAUCACAAAAGAUAAUUUCUACUCUUGAGGCACUCACCAGGAGUCUAAGAGGCAAAGUCAUAAAUUGGAUGCUUGGUGAACCGCAUGCAGUGUUGUCUCAGUGCAAACCCAAAUCAAAAGCCUCAUUCUCAUUUGCUGAUCUGAUUUCUUUUGUAUUCUCACUUUUUUUUCAACAACCCUAUUAAAACCUGCUGCGUGGAGGGACUUGGGAAAGAAGGGAAGGCUGUAUAAAUGCACAGACUUAAUGCUAGAGAAAUUCAGGUUUACCAAUUCAGAGACUAGGAGAUGCACAGAAUUUCAGGGGGGUAGAGGGCAUGUGAUGAGAGGGUUACACCCUGGUGGCCUAAAAGCUUACAGAUGCCACCUCCUUGGUCCAGUGAUGGCACAAAAGACUUUGAACAAGGCUAAGUUGUAGUCCCACCAUACCCUGGCAGUCCCUUGCUCAAAGGCUUUUGUGUACCUUGCGUCAGUCUUUCUUCUGGGCUUAUAUGUGACCAGCAAUAUUCUAAGGAUUCAUCUGCAUUUCACAAAACACUUUAGAGGUUGCAUUAUUAUUUUCUCUAUUUUGCCCAUGAGGAAAGAAAAGCCCUGGAAGGUUAAAUAGUCUGCUCUUAACACAGAGCUAGUACAUGGGUAAGCUGAGACACCCCCCCACCCCCUGCCCGAGCCCAGGCAGCCUGGCUCUUCCUUCUCUCACCCACUGCUGAGUAACCAUCUGGUCUCAGUUUGAACCUUCCAAUGUGCAGAACUCAUAAUUUGCCACAGCUGACCAAGAGGAAAAGAUAUAAAGAGGCUAUUGGAGAAAUAAUAACAGCAAGAGCAUUGAAGAUGGAAGGUAAACACCAACCUUAUGUGGUCUCCCCUCAAUUUAAAACCCAUCAGGCCAAACUCCUAAGUGUAGUUGGCAUAGUCCUUCAGCAUCACAUCUGCCAGUCUUUAGCGCUCCGGCCAAUGGAAGUUCUGAUGUUUGCCAAACAUCCUAACUGCCUUUAUACCAGUUUUUUUUUCCUCCCAGGAGCCCUCUUUCUUUUCAACACCAUCCCACCACCUCCAGUGGAUAUAUCCCCCACAGAGUGCCCCAGUCACUCUGGGCUUACCCUCAGUCCUCAUGACUUUGUAUCCUGCUCCUGGUCACCUUGUUUUUCUCUGCUGCUGGAAUCAGGGUGUAAUUUGUCUCUGAGUCCUUAAUAAAGUGUCUGCCUUUAUCACUGUA